UAAACUGCUUUCACCCUCUGGCUCCUGCAGAUUCCAGGACAGGCUUCGCUGAGGAAAUAUCUUAGAAAUUCUAAACCUCCAAUAUUUACACCUUGUGGUUACUGAUCCUCUUAUGAGAUGCAUUUUUGAAAUUAAAAUGGAAGAUGUCCAAGAAAUUUUGGACCGGUUAUACAAAAAAGUACUCCUUGGAGCCUCCCUGGAAGAUGACAUCUAUGAUUACAUCUUUUAUCUCAACCCAGAUCUCUCAGAACAAGCUGGCUGUACAACAUCCUUUUUCGCUCAGUCAGAUGUCAGGGGUGUGCUUGCUAAUAUGCCAGGGCACCAUGGGCCAUCCUCUGAUGAGGGGACCGCCCUUCCUGAAGCACAGGAGUGUGCGAAGACACAGGGUCAGAUGAACAAGGCCUGGGAGGUGAAGCUCCUUCAGUUGACAGCGAUAGAUGUGAUAUUGAGCCGUGUGCUGUCUGCCAAAACUGACACCCACACAAAGAAGGGGUACAGAGAGCUGAUUGAAGCCCUUUUGCAGUCGGCUGAAGUCGAUUCCAAAUUGAUCUGCAUGCUCCAGAAUUCCAAUAAGUUGUUGUCUCAUGCAGCUGCAAAGUGCCUUGCAUCGUUCCUUUAUUUCCAGCUGAGAGAGAAGAGAACGUUAAGUAACUCCUGGAUUGCUUUUUGCCAGAAGCAUCUCUCUGAUUCCUCUGAGAGUGGUGAAGCAGUACAUUGCCUCUGGAUUCUUACAGCUGUGAUAAAAGAAAUCUUUAAAGAUGCACAUUCACAAAGAACAGAAAUUCUAAAGCAGCUCCUGACUCCUUUGGACGCGACUUUAGAGGUAUUCUACACUUCCUUAUUCUCCUGGCACUUUGGAGACAUCUGGAAUCCCUCUGACAGAGUCAGCAGCCUCAUGUGCUUCCUGGAGCUGCUGGAGCUGCUCGCAGCCUCCCGAGUCCACCUGCAGCUGCACUGCAGGAGCCAGAGGGUCUUAUUUCUGAAACCCUGUGCUCCAGUUGUUCUUGCCUGGCCUGUUCCGGCUUUUGUUAAGAGGAAAUUGGUUAUAGUCAUCAAGAAGUGCCUUCUCUGUAAAGUGGGGGAAGACCUCUGCCGAGGCUCUGUGCCCGCCCUGAUGUCCCCAGACCAUCUUCUGGACGGUGACAUGCUGGCUUUAGCUGAAGCACUUCUGAGCGCUGUGCAGCUGGGGUUGUGGAAGGCAUUGCCUGUUCCUGGAAAGCCUUCCUGCUUCGGAGGGGAUGAAGUUCAGCCCGGCUGCAGACCCAGGUCUGGUCCUGAUCACGUGACCCUAAGAGCAGCAAGCCUAAUUACAGUGAAGUCCUUAGAAAUCAAGUUCCAGAAUUGUACCUCAGCAACCAAAAUGCAAGUUGACUUGCAGAAGUUCAUGUCCGAGUUACUGGCCUUUCUGAAGCCUCACCUUCAGCCCUCUCUACAGUUGCACAACCCAUGUGAAUGGCUGUCCAGGGUCUUCAUCGAGCAGGACGAUGACAUGCUGGAGGCUGCCAAAGCAUCCCUGAGCAUCUACCUCCAGCUGACCAGAGAAUGGGGCACUUGUGCCAGUCUGACCCAGGAACAAGAAGCAUGGAUCCACUGCACACACGGAAGCGGCUGCAAUCCUCACUGCAUCUUCUUAUUCUUCUUAAAAACUGUAGCCUUCGAUUCUACGGUUCUUCUUGACUUCUUGAUUUCCUCAGAAACCUGUUUCCUUGAAUAUUUUGUUAAAUAUUUAAAAUUACUGCAGAAAGACUGGGACCACUUUCUGUCCAUCUGCAAGUUUUUUGCUGCAGCAGAAUCACAGUGUGGAGUAAAUGUUUGGGAUCCUGUCACCUUACUUAGCCACGACAGAAACACCAGCCACACGCUACCUCGUGCUCCGGUGUCUCCUGUUGGCUGCAGAAACUCCUCUGACCCGGAGAGCCAGGUUGCAAUGCCCAAAGAAAGUCACACAGUGCCAGCUCACGGCCCACCUUCCCGGACACCACAGAGUCUGGUAGACUACGACAGUUCUGAUGAGGAAGACACAAGUGAGCACUUAGCAGAUAGCCAACAGUUGUCCUUAUGUCAAGAAAUGACUGGGGAGAUUCAAGGACCACCCAGGACAUGUAAGGGUCAAAAAGAACUUAGCCGGGCACCUCAGUCCAGGCCUGUGCUUCCCAAAGACGCCACCCCUCCCUUCUCUGCCAGGGGUGGAGUUGCUCCAGAUAGGACUGGCUGCGAAGCGGGACCAUUUUUCAGAACAGUGAAAUGCCUUCAAGAGCUACAUGGUGCUAUUUAUCGUCUGCAGGAGAAAAAUCUCUUUCCCUAUAACCCAGCAGCACUUCUGAGGUUGUUGAAAGGGGUGGAGGCAAAGUGUCAUACAGUGUGAGGCCUGGGUAACAACACAGCAGCAUUUGUCCGAGGCGUGUGUUUUCCUCUACAUUAAUUGCAUAUCUAAGAUAAAUAAAAACAGGCAAAAAUGUCUUUCUGAGGCUUUGCCUAAUGUUUGCGAGCGGUACAUCCUAUGGCAGGCCGUGAGGAACAGUGGUGUAACAGCUGAAAGUUUAUACUAGUUCAGACUACACAGAAUUGGCCGUGACAAAUGACUGUACUUUCCAUAGCCUAAAACAGAGGAGAUUUGCCCUCUUAUCUCUGGGGGCUAGAAGCCUGAAUUCAAGAUGUCUGUGGGAUGGGAUGUCUUUCCUUUUGGUCAUAGCAGUGCCGAGUAUCCCUUGCCUGGUAGCUGUCACCCCAGUCACUGCUUCAUACAGUGUGUAUGUCUGUCCACUCCCUGUCAGAAUUAAGUAUGACCUCAUC